ACUCGAUGCGAGUGCCACGGAAUCGCCAGCAGGCUCUUUUUGGGAGCCAACAAAAACGAGCAAGGAGGCAGCAGAAACGUUUUCACACUACGCUGGCCACUUGGCGGGGAAUCUUGUCCAGAAACACGGAUGAGUUCUGUCGCAACACCACCAUUCAUGGAUUAAAGUACAUAAACAACAGCAAAUUGCGAAACACCGAUAGGUUCUUUUUUGGCAUUGCCCUGCUAGUGGUACUCUCCUCCGCCAUUUACCUAAUCCAAGACGCCUUCGACAAGUGGAGCACCACUCCGGUGAUAGUGGGCAUCGAUCCGGAGCUAACCUCCAUUGCCAACGAGCCCUUUCCGGCCGUGACCAUCUGCAACUUGAACCAGGCUCUGACUGGCCGGGUCGCCCACUUGACCAACGACUCCGGGGAGUUUGCCAUGCUGCAGUUGCUCUGUCGCCGCAAGGUGGAUGUCGAAAAGGUCAAGGGAAGAAGCUCCGACUGGGAGGAGUUCAUACUGAAUGUAUCACAGCCCUGCAAGUCGAUGGUGAUUAACUGCCGUUUUGGCGCCGACGAUUUUGAAUGCGCACGUUUAUUUCACCCAAUCCUGACCGACGAGGGUCUGUGUUGUGUAUUCAACAUGCUGCAUCCCCGGUUCAUGUACCGGAAAAGCGUCCCCUACUCGCACCGCAAUGUCAGUCUGCCCGAGGGCUUUCACUCGGUCAACUGGAACGCGGAGUUGGGCUACCGAAAGAGAGGCUCCCAGCCGGACGGGGACAACCCGCUCUACCCCCGACGCGCCCAGGGAACGGGAGAGUCGCUGGGCCUUUCACUGACCCUGGACGUUGAGGCUGACGCCUACUACUGCUCCUCGUCCAGCAGCAUUGGCUUCAAGGUCGCCCUGCAUAGUCCGAACGAGUCGCCGAACGUGCGCGAGACCGGAGUCCUCCUGGCACCCGGAAUGGAGACGAAACUGAGGAUAGACCCCGCCAAAAUCCUGACGGAGAAGCAUCUGCGCAACGUGGACCGCCAGAGCAGGCGGUGUUUGUUCCGCAACGAGCUGAAGCUCCGCUGGUUCGCCCACUACACCCAGAGGAACUGCGUGGCGGAGUGCCUGUCCGGCUGGCUGAUCCGCCACUGCGGCUGCGUCACCUUCUAUAUGCCCCGCCUGAACUGGAACGACAGCAUCUGCCCGCUGCAGAAGAGGGACUGUGUGGAGCUCAUUCGAUUCAGGACGAUUCUGGCAAUGGAGUCCUGUCUGGAAGAGUGCCUGCCGUCGUGCUUCGAUCUCACCUUCAGCGCGAUCGCCUAUUCCACGCGGAUCUCGCACGACGGCUUUAGGCAGACGCCCUCGAAUGGCGGAUGGAACUUCUCCGAUUCCUACGUAGAGCGCAGCGUGGCGGUGGUCAACAUGUACUUCAAAGACCCCACGUUUAGGGCCAGCAAGCAGACCGAGUUCAUAGGAUUCUCCGAUUUUUUGUCUUGCGUGGGCGGGCUGAUGGGCUUGUUCCUGGGCUUCAGCUUUCUCUCCAUUGCCGAGUGCGUGUACUUUGCCUUGAUUCGUCCCUGUCGCACUUGCUCCGAAAUCAGACAACUUAACCAGCAAAAGGAGCAGCACAUCAACCCGAGGAGGUUCCUCCGACCAGCCAACAUCAGAUACAUUUCUCCGGCCAACUGGUUUGCAGCUGAGUUAGCCCAUCAGCUACCCCACAGGCAGCACUUUAAUCCUGCUUAA